AUGGAGAUUAUUGGAGUAGUGCCAAGCACCCUGCAGCACUAUGGAGAUUAUUGGAGUAGCCCCAAGCACCCAGUGAACUGCAGCACUAUGGAGAUUAUUGGAGUAGCCCCAAGCACCCAUAAAGAGCAGUGGGCCUCCUCCUCCUCCUCCUCCUGCAGUAAAGAGCAGUGGGCCUCCUCCUGUAGUAAAGAGCAGUGGGCUUCCUCCUCCUCCUCCUGCAGUAAAGAGCAGUGGGCCUCCUCCUCCUCCUCCUGCAGUAAAGAGCAUAAAGAGCAGUGGGCCUCCUCCUCCUCCUCCUGCAGUAAAGAGCAGUGGGCCUCCUCCUCCUCCUCCUCCUGCAGUAAAGAGCAGUGGGCCUCCUCCUCCUCCUCCUCCUCCUGCAGUAAAGAACUGUGGGCCUCCUCCUCCUCCUCCUGCAGUAAAGAGCAUAUUAAGAACUACGGGCCUCCCUCCUCCUCCUCCUCCUCCUCCUCUCCUCCUGCCAGUAAAGAGCAGUGGGCCUCCUCCUCUUCUUCCUCCUCCUGCAGUAAAGAGCAUAAAGAGCAGUGGGCUUCCUCCUCCUCCUGCAGUAAGAGCAGUGGGCCUCCUCCUGUAGUAAAGAGCAGUGGGCCUCCUCCUGUAGUAAAGAGCAGUGGGCCUCCUCCUGUAGUAAAGAGCAGUGGGCCUCCUCCUGUAGUAAAGAGCAGUGGGCCUCCUCCUGUAGUAAAGAGCAGUGGGCCUCCUCCUGUAGUAAAGAGCAGUGGGCCUCCUCCUGUAGUAAAGAGCAGUGGGCCUCCUCCUGUAGUAAAGAGCAGUGGGCCUCCUCCUGUAGUAAAGAGCAGUGGGCCUCCUCCUGUAGUAAAGAGCAGUGGGCCUCCUCCUGUAGUAAAGAGCAGUGGGCCUCCUCCUGUAGUAAAGAGCAGUGGGCCUCCUCCUGUAGUAAAGAGCAGUGGGCCUCCUCCUGUAGUAAAGAGCAGUGGGCCUCCUCCUGUAGUAAAGAGCAGUGGGCCUCCUCCUGUAGUAAAGAGCAGUGGGCCUCCUCCUGUAGUAAAGAGCAGUGGGCCUCCUCCUGUAGUAAAGAGCAGUGGGCCUCCUCCUGUAGUAAAGAGCAGUGGGCCUCCUCCUGUAGUAAAGAGCAGUGGGCCUCCUCCAGUAGUAAAGAGCAGUUGUAGCCUCUGCCUGGUGACCUCAAGUACACCACAUUACUAUCUGGCCUCUCCUGACCCUUAUUGA